AUGGACAUCUUCCAGUUACCGUCGGGAGCACCGCCGACGCGGCUAGCUUGGCAACGAACGUCCAUUCUAUAUGCGAAUGGUGAUUUCAGCGUGCGGUGGGUUGGCGAAAUAUUCGUCGCAGAAACAAUUCGUGUCAUCAACGGCACAUCGCUCAACGUCACUGGCGCUGGACCGGGCGCAAUUGCGGACGGCAGUGGCAGUACGCAACUGUUCGCUGUAGAUGGAGGUUCAAACCUGCACCUCUCGAACAUGACUUUGAGCAACGGCAACACUUCGUUUGGUGGGGCUGUCUUUGCGAACCAAUCGAGUGUUUCGUUUUUCGGAACUACGUCCUUCAGCUCCAACUCCGCGUACUAUGGGGCUCCAUUUUUGCGGAAUAUGGAGGCAAUCAACGCGUAUGAAUCGACCGUGUCUUGGGAUGGCGAUGGAACCCGAUUCAGCUCGAACUAUGCUAACGGAUCUGGAGGUGCAAUCCUCGCAUCGCCUAGUUCGACCGUGUCAUGGGAUGGCGACGGCACCCAGUUCAGCUCCAACUCCGCGGAUUAUGGAGGUGGAAUUGUCGCGAGUAAUUCGGCCCUGUCCUGGAAUGGCGACGGAGCCGAGGUCAGCAACAACUCCGCUAGCGAAUAUGGAGGUGCAAUUGACGCGAGGUAUUCCACCGUUUCAUGGGAUGGCGACGGCACCCAGUGCAGCUCAAACUCAGCGGAUUUUGGAGGCACAAUCAACGCCUUCAGUUCCGUGGACUCUGGAAGAGGCUACGGAGGGGCAAUCGUCGCAUCGGCUAAUUCGACCGUAUCAUGGAAUGGGGACGGCACCCAGUUCAGCUCCAACUGCGCUGGGUUUGGAGGCGCAAUGCACGUGGACGCUGACUCGACCGUGUCAUGGAAUGGUUACGCAACCCAUUUCAGCAACAACUCCGCCGGCGAAGAUGGAGGCGCAAUCAGCGCGGAUGGUUCGGUUGUCUCCUGGGAUGGCAACCGAACGCAGUUUGCUCCAACUAUGCUGGCAACGAUGGAGGUGCCGUCCGCGCAUAUCCUGAUUCGAUUGUUUCCUAGGAUGGCCAAGGAACCCAGUUCAGCUCCAAUUACGCAAACGGCGAUGGCGGAAGAAUCCAAUGCACGGUUUGAGAUGGUGUGCUUUGGCGGUCCUGAUUGGGAAGAGUGCUCCGGCUGCUCCAUCGAAAGCGGUGACGUCGCGCCGACAUGCAUGGUGCCACUAGAGCACACUUCAGUAUUGAUGAAAGCUUCUGGCGCGCGAUCAACGAUAGCGCCAUCAUCCUGGCGUGCUUCAAUGCAGAUGCCUGCACAGGGGGAGAAACGGGGGCGGACAGCUUUUGUGCCUCAAGAUACCAGGGACCAUGCAUUGAAGAUCAUCUUCGUCGUGUGGCAGAUAUUUACCCAGAUCAUUGGCGUGUACCAAGGCUUUUGGAGCGUGAUCGACGUAGUUAACUUCGACCUUGGUUCCUUUCUGGCGGCCGGGUGCUUGUGGUCCGACUUGGACUUUCACGACCGACUUCUUGUCAAUACCAUGGGGCCCGCGUCCGAAGCCACUGCUCUAGUAGCGCAAAUCCGUCACAAAUAUCAGACGGCUCUCCUCCUCUUGACAUUCCUGGUGUAUUCCUCGGUAUCGUCAACGGUGUUCCAAACUUUCGCCUGUGAGACCCUUGACGACGGAAAUGAAUACCUCCGGGCGGAUUUCCGUAUUCAUUGCACCGAUGCCAAACACAAGGCCUUUGAAGUCUAUGCAGGGGUCAUGCUUGCUGUGUACCCUGUGGGUAUCCCUCUGCUAUACGCCAUCCUGUUGUUUCGACGUCGCCACGUUCUGGUCGACGCUGUUACCGACAAGACCGUACCUCAGUCAAUUUCCGGUCUUCGGGAGCCGUACAGGUCCGAGUGGUUCUACUACGAGGUAGUCGAGUGCGGACGCCGUGUCAUGCUGACGGGUGUAGUUAUCUUUGUCUUUCCGGAUGAUGCAGCCCAUUUCGCGAUCACCAUGCUCAUAGCCUUCUCUUUCUUAAUCGUUUUCGAAAUUUUGUCGCCAUACGAGUCGGAGUCCGACAUAUGGCUUUCGCGGGGGGGUCAUGUGAUCGUGUUCCUCAGCACGUUCGAUUUGUUGCUUCUGAAGGUGGAUGUGUCCGGCGAGAGCGACCAGAGCCAGACCAUGUUUGCGGGGGUGUUGGUAGCAGGGCACAUGUUGCCGAUUCUUGCCAUCUUUGCCGAGGUGGUCGGCAUCUGGUAUGCCUCAGGGAAGAAGCGAGUUGUCAGAGCAGGGGUAUCACCCGAGAUUUCUCCGGGUGAGGCGAAACGCACGAUAGGAUGA